CUGGCGGUGGCUGCGCCGCAUCCGACUGGUGGGCGCGGGACCUGGGUGGGCACCGGAGCCUGUCAUCCCUGAGGGGUCGGCGGGGUGCGGGCGGCGAUGCACCGCUGUCCCUCGCCCAAGGGCCGCGCCGGGCUCUUGUUCCCCGCCCCGCGGCCCCGCCCCUUGCCCCACCCCAGACGGGAGACUUAACCCGGGCCGCAGCGCAGCGGCCGCAGCAACAUCACUCUCGCCGCCGCUGUUCCGCCCCAUCCCCUUCUGUUUUUCUCUCAUUCUUCUGUUGCGGCGGCGGGGAAGACGAAGGAGAGGCAACAGCAGCCAGCCUUGGCUGCAAUGAAUGAUCCCCCACCCGGAAGGGAGGACUCCAGACUGUGCCCAGAAAGCCGUGGAGAGCUGUGGAGGCCUGGACUGCAGCAGUCUCGGGGCCAACUCCCUGCAUCCCCACCCUGGUAGGCUGCAUGCGGAUUGAAGAGCGGUGCCUGAGGGCUGGGCCAGCCCGACUGAUCCCGACCUAGGAGUAGGGCAGGAGGACCGCCCAGGCUGCAGAGCGGCCCACCUGGAAGGACAGAGGUGCAAGAUGGCCAGUAAGACCAAGGCCAGCGAGGCCCUGAAGGUGGUGGCCCGGUGCCGCCCCCUCAGUAGGAAGGAGGAGGCUGCUGGUCAUGAGCAGAUUCUGACCAUGGACGUGAAACUGGGCCAGGUGACUCUGCGAAACCCCCGCGCGGCACCCGGGGAGCUGCCCAAGACCUUCACUUUUGAUGCUGUGUAUGAUGCUAGCUCCAAGCAGGCCGACCUGUAUGACGAAACGGUGAGGCCCCUGAUAGACUCAGUGCUUCAGGGUUUCAACGGCACCGUAUUUGCCUAUGGCCAGACUGGCACUGGCAAGACCUACACCAUGCAGGGGACCUGGGUGGAGCCAGAGCUCCGCGGGGUUAUCCCGAAUGCCUUUGAGCACAUCUUCACCCACAUCUCCCGCUCCCAGAACCAGCAGUACCUGGUUCGUGCUUCCUACUUGGAGAUCUACCAGGAGGAGAUCCGAGACCUGCUAUCCAAGGAGCCAGGCAAGAGGCUAGAGCUGAAGGAGAAUCCUGAAACAGGGGUCUACAUCAAGGACCUCUCUUCCUUUGUCACCAAGAACGUCAAGGAGAUUGAGCAUGUGAUGAAUCUGGGGAACCAAGCCCGAGCAGUGGGCAGCACCCACAUGAAUGAGGUCAGCUCUCGGUCCCAUGCCAUCUUUGUUAUCACAGUGGAGUGCAGUGAGCGUGGCUCUGAUGGCCAGGACCAUAUCCGAGUAGGCAAGCUCAACCUGGUAGACCUGGCCGGCAGUGAGAGGCAGAACAAGGCAGGUCCCAACGCAGCUGGAGGGCCAGCCACACAGCCAACAGCUGGUGGUGGGAGUGGAAGUGGCAACGCUAGUGGGUCUGCCAGCAGCGGAGAGAGGCCUAAGGAAGCUUCUAAAAUCAAUCUCUCGCUGUCCGCCCUGGGCAAUGUGAUUGCUGCUCUGGCUGGCAACAGGAGCACCCACAUCCCCUACAGGGACUCCAAGCUGACCCGGCUGCUCCAAGACUCACUGGGGGGCAAUGCCAAGACCAUCAUGGUGGCCACACUGGGUCCAGCUUCUCACAGCUACGACGAGAGCCUCUCUACCCUGCGCUUUGCCAACCGAGCCAAGAACAUCAAGAACAAACCGCGGGUGAACGAGGACCCCAAGGACACGCUGCUGAGGGAAUUCCAGGAAGAGAUCGCUCGCUUGAAGGCCCAGCUGGAGAAGAAGGGGAUGCUGGGCAAGCGACCUCGGAGAAAGAGCAGUCGUAGAAAGAAGGCCGUGUCUGCCCCGGCCGGCUAUCCAGAGGGGUCCGUGAUUGAGGCUUGGGUGGCGGAAGAGGAAGAUGAUAACAACAACAAUCACCGCCCACCCCAGCCCAUCCUGGAGGCAGCUUUGGAGAAGAACAUGGAGAAUUACCUGCAGGAACAGAAGGAACGGCUGGAGGAGGAGAAGGCUGCCAUCCAGGAUGACCGCAGCCUUGUGAGUGAGGAGAAGCAGAAGCUUCUAGAAGAGAAGGAGAAGAUGCUGGAGGAUCUACGGCGGGAGCAGCAGGCUACAGAGCUGCUUGCAGCCAAGUACAAGGCCAUGGAAAGCAAGCUACUCAUUGGGGGGCGGAACAUCAUGGAUCACACCAACGAGCAACAGAAGAUGUUGGAACUGAAGCGACAGGAGAUUGCAGAACAGAAACGCCGUGAACGGGAAAUGCAGCAGGAGAUGCUGCUCCGCGAUGAAGAGACCAUGGAGCUACGUGGUACCUACUCAUCCCUGCAGCAGGAAGUGGAAGUUAAAACCAAGAAACUCAAGAAGCUCUAUGCCAAGCUACAGGCAGUGAAGGCCGAGAUCCAGGACCAACACGAGGAGUACAUUCGCGUGCGGCAGGACCUGGAGGAGGCGCAGAAUGAGCAGACCCGGGAACUAAAGCUCAAGUACCUCAUCAUUGAGAACUUCAUCCCCCCUGAGGAGAAGAACAAGAUCAUGAACCGCCUUUUCCUGGACUGUGAGGAGGAGCAGUGGAGGUUCCAGCCACUGGUGCCAGCUGGAGUGAAUAACAGCCAAAUGAAGAAGCGUCCAACUUCUGCAGUGGGCUACAAGAGACCUAUCAGCCAGUAUGCUCGGGUUGCCAUGGCAAUGGGGUCCCAUCCCAGAUACAGAGCUGAAAAUAUAAUGUUUUUGGAACUGGAUGUGUCCCCACCGGCUAUCUUUGAGAUGGAGUUUUCUCAUGACCAAGAACAAGACCCACGGGUACUACACAUGGAGAGGCUCAUGAGGUUGGACAGCUUUCUGGAAAGACCGUCCACAACUAAAGUGCGAAAGUCGAGAUCCUGGUGCCAGAGUCCUCAGCGGAUGCCUCCACCCUCCACAGCUCAUGCCUCCGUGACCUCUGUUCCUCUGCACCCUGCAACAGUGGUAGACCAUGACUGAUACCCCCCAGUCAGGCUGCCCAUCCCUGGUUCAUCCCAUCUGAUGCUUGGUGCGUGUGUGUUUGUGUGUGUGGUAUGUAUGCAUGUGUGUGUGUGUGAACUAGUGUGUGUACCAGUGUGUGUGAAGGGGCAAGAAACUGUCAGGUGGUGUCUCUGCCUGUUCUCUGUGCCUCCUUUAUUUAAUUCAUGUUAUUUAUUCAUGGAGCUUGGUUAGUGAGAAGAGAUCCCCUUGCUUGAGAUGCCUGGUCCUGCCAUGGUCACAGCAUAGCCUCCUGUUCUCUUGACUAGGGAGAGACCUUAGGCAGGCCCCGAGCUCCUUAUGUCAGCUGCCCCUGAGAGGGAAGAUGGCUAGUGCCUGAGAAGACAGUGCUUCCUUUACCCAUCCAAGUCCACAGUUUCCAUCUUCUUGUGUGAUGGUGAGCAGCCGUGGAUGCUUUCUGGCACAGGGAGACUGCUGGUGUCCUCUGAGGGUGAGAGGUGUCCUAAUGGUGUUGGGCUUGCACUCCCAGUGGACUGAGCUGUGCUCGAUUCUUUCUGGGCCCUAGACUCUUCCAGCCUCCAGGGCUCUUCCCCAAGGACUUUCAGUAGCCCAAGACUCAUCCCAGGCUUUCCAGCCUUGGCAGGAACUUGUGGCUUCCCCAACUCCACUUCAUUGCCAGCCCUCUCUGCCCUUGGAUUGGGAAUUGUCAACCAAACAGUUGUUGCCACCACGAGACCUGCAGAAAAUGGAACAGUGUGGAGAACACAUGGCCUGCCGUCAGGGACAAUCUUUCUUCAGUGCCCUCCCUUCUCCAAGAAGCUCCUUUGGAGAACAAACCAUCAGGCCACCUCUCCUCCAGUGAGAUGUGGCUCCUUCCUGCGCUCAUCACUGUUCCCUGAAGCUGUCAGGUCUCCGUCCACAGCGGAGAGAACCAGUGCUCUUCUCCCCUUACUGAAUGCAGAUGACAAAAUCCUUUGCUUUGUGCCUCCAGCUAAGACAAGAAACAAACCCAGGCCCAAUUUUUGCCAGAUUUACCUUUUACCCCUAUUUCUUAGUCACAUCUUGGGGGAGGGGGCACUAUUUUGUUGAAAAAUCAAUCCAUUCUUUACUACUUGUGUGACUUGGUCCUUCCUCACCUUCCUUUGUGACCACCCCAAAUGUCUCCGGGUAUUGCAAGUGAUAAGUAAAUUUCUAUUUUAAAAAGUUAAUUUUCAUUGACCUUUAUUUUUUACAUGCAAGAUAAAACAUAUUUUUUUAAGAUUUAUUUUUAUUAUUUUUAAACCAUGUGUGUCUACAUACAUGAGUGCAAAGGCCAGAGGCAUGGACCCCCUGGAGCUGGAGUCACCUGACCUGAGUGCUGGGACUUGAACUCAGGUCCUUCUGGAGGAGCAAUGUGCUCUAACUGCUGAGCCACGUCUGGCUGCUUCCUCUUCUUUUUCUUUUUCUUUUUUUUAAGAUGUGGUCCUGGCUUGCUACUAGUAUUCACUUACUCUGUGGCCCACCUUGCCUCAAAAUUGAGGUAUUCCUGCCUCAGCUUCCCAGGUGCUGGGGUUAUAGACGUGAGCUAUGAUGCCCAGUCUUUAUUUUUAAAAUGUUUUUGUGUAUAUGUAUAUAUGCAAUUCCACAAAAAUUGUUUAGAGUCACUCAGGUUGAGGUAGAAGAAUUGCCAGUGAUGAUAGCUCAUUCUAUAAACUGAAACCUUGUUUAAAAAAUUUUUUCAAAGCGGGAGAGAAGGUUCAGUGGUUAAUAGCACUUGCUGCUGUUCCAGAGGGACCCAAGGUGGGUUUCCAGCAUCCACACCAGGCGGCUCCAGGGGAUCUGGAACUCUCCUAUGGCCUUUGCAUGACCUGUGCACACGUGAACAUACCCUCCUACAGAUACAGACACACAUAUAACUAAAGAUGAAAUAAGUUUCUUAUAGUUGGGUUUGAUCGGAGUCUGGUGCAUGCACACCUUUACUCCCAGCACCUGGGAGACAGAGGUAGGUAGACCAGGAGUUCAAAGUCUCCCUUGACUCCAUAGCAAAAAAGAGAAAAUAAAUAAUAAAUUUAAAAGUUUACAUUAAAACUAUCCAGUUCUAGCUGUUCUACAACUAACUUGGAUUCCUUCCCUAAUUGUGUUUCUGAUAUGCCUCUAAGGAAAAAAAAGAUCUAUAACCCUCUAUUUCUGCUGUUUUGUGUUGCUUUGUUUUAUUCUGAGACAGGGUCUCUCUGUCUGUAGCCCUGGCUGGCCUGGAACACACUGUGUAGACCAGCAUGGAUGAAGCUUACAGCUACUUUCCUGCCUCUGCCUCUAGAGUGCAGAGAUUACAGGUAUGUAACACCAUGCCUAGCCCAAUGUUGAAUCUUUUCCAAGUCCUGGAGCUAUGCAGAAGCACACAGUUUGUUGUAUAAGGAAUUGUAAUUUCUGCUGUCAACACUUAACAAUUCACUACUUAAUUAUUAUUUAUUGAGUAUAAAAUUAGGUUGAAAAAUUAAGAAAUUCUCUUAGUACUAAAAAUCAUACUGCCAAAUAUGUUGACUUAUUUUCAAUAUGCAUACUUUGGUGGGUGGUAGUGGGUAAAUUUGGGGAGAGAAAACAGGGAGUUAGGAUUUCCAGUGCCCUAAUGUUGGGAGUCUCCUUCCCUGGCUUAUGAGCAGGUCUGUUACUUAUGUAAGACAUGAAGCUGACAGAUCUGCCAGAAGUUCUGUGUGGCAAAGGGCAGCAGGCCCUUCUCGUCCUUUGGGAAAUGAGUCCCUCUUGCACCAUUCAAGGUCCUGUCUGAGCAUCACUUGCUUUGACUCCACUGUUGUGCUCUCUACUGCUCCACUGGACUGAAUGGCUGAGCCUUGCGGCUGCCUGCCCUUCAAGGGAAUCCUAGGUUUCUGUCAGAACCCUGUGAUUGAUACUCAGGAUUCAAAUCAGAGGAAUGGCUUUCUCUGGAACAGGAGCUGUGUGUAGAAAUCUCCUGAUGUGAACUGGGCAUUGAGGGACCUCCCCCUGACCUCUCUGUCAUUUGUAGAUGAAGCUGCAUGAGUCACCCCAUUCAUCACUUGGACACACUGACUCCACAUUGUCUGGUCCACUAACCUCACAGUCUUAUAGCACAAUAUACCCCACUUCAGCACCGCAGCCAAAGGCUGGGCCCAAGGUGUGGUCAGAAGAGGUGCUCCUGCCUGUGGUAUUAUAUGUGUGUGUUUAUGUGUGUGUGUUUAUGUUUACCUGUACAGGGGGCACUGCACUCAAUGUAAGAUACCCUGGAGACAGGACUACCGGAGGUGGCUGGAUCUCAGUCUCUGUCUCUCUCCUUUUUCUUUUACUGUAUCAGACAUUUGAUUGACAAAGUACGGGCCUUAAUUAGGAUCAAAUUUCUAUGUCUGUUGCUAUGGCCUUUAGUUAAAGUUACACAAAGUAGCCCAUUCUUGUCACUCUAUACAUAUGGGACAUAUGUAAUAUAUAAAUAUAUAAAUAUAUAUAAAGCAUUAACCUCUGCCCCCUUGGUUUAGGAUGAAGGCCUUUCUGUUGAGUGGAAAUGCACCUUAGCUUGGUGCUGCCAGCAGCCUGCAGGCCCCAGCCCUGUUGAGAUGAACACAUUUGACAAUAAAGGAAUGAGUAUCAUUUUGUGGAGUCG